AUGCCUUCUGGCUGCGAAGACGAUGGAUUUCCAUGUGAUGACGAGGCUUUUAUGAGGUACAGGGAGAAGAGGAUCCAGGAGCUGUGCGGAGGGAUAGAGGACAUUACGAGCGAGAGGGAGCUGAUUGAAAAGACGAAGUCUCUGAAGAUGAUAGUCCAUUUCUACAAGCAAGAGUUUAACCGGUGCAAGAUAAUGGAUAGAAGACUAGAGGGGGUGAGAGAAUUCUUUCCGGGGAUCAGAUUCUACAGAGUAAAUGCCGAGAUAUGCCCAGUGGUGGCAAGGAAGCUUGAGAUAAGAGUGCUGCCUUUUCUAGGAUUUUUUAAGGACGGAUACUUUGUGGACCAGAUUGUUGGGUUUGAAAGGCUUGGAGACGAAGCGGAGCCCGAGGCUCUUAAGAAAAGGAUCCAGGAGAGCAAUAUAUUUAAGCCUGUUUCCAGCAUACAAUAA